UCCUCGAUCAUCUAAUCCGUGUCGAUGAUGCAAAAUGUCUCUAAACUGAGCGGAACCGACGCGGUGAUGCUCAGGUGAAACUCAUCGUGUGUUGCUGUUGACCUUCGAUCCGCGGCACGGAGACAAACAUGGAUCCGUCCAGGAGGAGCGAGAGCGACUGGCAGGGACUGAUCAGCGAGUUCCUAGUUUGUAAGCAGAAGUUGGAGAGCAAGAAAGAGGCUCUUCUGAUUCUGUCAAAAGAGCUGGACACCUGCCAGCAGGAGAGAGAUCAGUACAAGCUGAUGGCCAACCAGCUGCGCGAACGGCACCAAGGACUCAAAAAGAAGUACAGAGAACUCAUUGAUGGAGAUCCCUCUCUGCCUCCUGAGAAAAGGAAUCAGGUGAAUUUAGCCCAGCUACUGAGAGACUCCAGAGACAAGAACAGCCAACUGUCUGAGGAGAUGAAGGAGCUGAAGCAACGACUGGUAGAAGCUCAGGGGGAUAAUAAGCUCCUACGAAUGACCAUCACCAAACAGAGGCUGGGAGAUGAGGAGGUUGGCGCUCGACACUUUCCUGCGCAUGAGAGAGAAGAUCUGGUCAAACAGUUAGAAAGAGCAGGAGAACAGAACGAGGUGCUGGAACACAGCGUGAAGUCGCUCACAGAUGAGCUUCAGGACGUUCGAGCUGAGCGUGACGUGUUUCAGCAGAAGGCGCAUCGGCUCAACGUGGAAAUGAACCACAUUGUAGGAAACGAUGACAUUCGCAUUUUAGACAUAGAUGCACUCUGCAUGGAGAACAGGUAUUUGCAUGAGCGGCUCAGUCAACUACAAGAAGAGGUCAACUUGCUUAAAACAAAUCUGAUGAAGUACAAGAGUGCCCUGGAGUGUAGAAAGAACUCUAAAAUCUCUGGGAAACCCAACAGUAGCGCUCUGACCGGGGUGCUCUCUGCUAAGCAAGUGAAGGAGCUGUUACUGUCUGAAGAAAACGGUUGCAGUUUGCCGGUGACUUCUCAGUCCAUCUCCGACCUCAAGUCUCUCGCCACAGCUCUGCUGGAAACUAUCCACGAGAAGAACAUGGUGGUCCAGCACCAACGCCAAAUCAACAAGAUUCUUGGAAACAGAGUAGCAGAGCUGGAGAAGAAACUAAAAACACUGGAGAUGUCUGGAUUAUGGAGCCUUCCAGGCCUCACUUAUAAUGUGUCUUUGGGAAUUUAUGGAAAAGGAAAAGAUGCCAUCAUCCUGAACACUCAGCAGGUUGAAUCACCAGAAUCUCCUGGACAGGAAGGUGACACGGGGUGUGAAAACAUACUUGCUGAGCAGCAGAGCUCCUCAGAAGUUCCAAGCCAAGACAGCGAAACACCAGCUGUGUCGGAUCUUCAGGAAGAUGCAACAUCAUUGUCCAGCGUGGAGACAUGCCACUACAACUCCUCCACCCAGUCAGCUGAAGAGGAGCCAGCCAGCCCUCAAACAGAAAAGCCAAAUAGCGAUGAGUGUCAUGAAAGUGGCCAAUCACAGAUCACAAUGGAUUGUACUGCAUUAGCAAAAGAAGAAGAGUGUCUGAGUGACUCUCCUCCCAAAGAGACAUAUUUAAACAAACCUCAUCCAUCAGAGCUCUGCCACUCACCACAAACUUCAGAGAAUUCAAACCCAACAGGAGGAAGAGAGGAUGAGUCAGACGAAUGCGCCGAAGAGGUGGAAACUGCUGAAACAGAGGGUAUUAUGACAGAGGAAAGUAUAGAUACGGUUUCAUCUACUGUUGUCUCUACUGCUGCUUUUGAAGAGCAGCAGGAGGAGGUCCAGUCAAACCAGGAGACAGAUGUUGGUGAUAGUGAGGAGACAUGAAGCCCUCCAGGAGCCGUCACAUGUCGCAUAGCACUGAAAAGAAUAAUGACAAAAGAUGCAUUCAAACUAUAUAAUGGUAUUAUUUAUUUUUAUGAAUAAUUCAAACUUCCAGAAACAUCUCACUUGAGAAUUAAUAAUAAUGGCACAACAUGACAGAUUUUCUCAUUAAUGUAUCUCUGUGAAAGAAAUAAGGAUUCAUUCCAAACCAUAAAGAAGUCUAGAACAGAUACUCUAACUUUCCUGCUUUCAUGUGGUUCCUUUUUUGAGUUCUCUGCUCUUUUUUUGUGUAGAUCUACCUUUAAAGCUGCUGAAUUACACUAUGUGAACAGAAACAACUGGACACUCAAACAAUACACUCAUUGUGACUUUUAAACAUCUCAUUUGAAAUCACUGGCAUUAAAAUGCUGCUAUGACAUUAUUCUCUCCUAUAAAAGGGUUUCUAUAAGAUUCUUCAACCUGACUACUGGACUUUUCUCUCAAUGAUUCCUGUACAUAUGCAGACUAGUGACAAAUUCAAGGAAAACCCUCAGUCCUUAACUCCCAAUAAUGAGGUGAUCAGGUGGCUCUAGUGAUAUGAGGGGGGCACUUUGCUGGCUUGGUUUGAGUCCACUUAACUCUUUCAGAGGGAAAGUUCACUGUAAAUCAAUACAAAAUUGUGAGUGACUGCCUUUAUUCUCUGAUAAACAUUUCUAUCCUGAUGAGAGUGGCCUCUUUCAGGAUGAGAAUGCCCCCAUCUACAGGGUACAAUGAGUAUGAAAACAAUGUGGAUCACAUGCAUGGUUCACCAGAGCUCAACCUUGUUUGUCACUGAUGGAAGAUUUCAGACACACAUGUUAGACAGCACUCUCCCCUAGCAUCAUCAAAACACCAAGUGAGGGAAUAUUUUUUUAUAAGAAUGAUAUUCUAUCCCACCAGUAGAGUUUUAGAGACUUGGAGAAUCGAUGCCAAGGUGCAUUGCAGCUCCUCUGGCAGCAUGUAGUGGCCCAACAUCUUGCUAACAUGUAAUGAUGAUUAUUAUAAUAAUUAUUCCUUUGUCACCUUCUGUAUAUCAAAGGUGGACAAACAGUGGUUCAUAGUGAUUAAAACAAGCAGGAACAAGCCGUGGAAUGUGUUACGCUGCCAUGCUACACUGGUGUUGAGAUUUAGAGGUUUUGAAAUGAAAACUUCAGUCUUCAUUUAUUGAAGUUAUGGAAAUCAUUGUUCUGAUACUGACUUUGAACUUAACUGUGAAAGAAAGCCUAAUUUGCAUAAACGUUUCUGCUGCUAACUUUAGACUAAGGCAACAAAUCUGAUUUCUUUUCUCAUUGACAUUUUAAAUGGAAAGGGACAAAGUGCAAUUGCUGCUGUCAGUACCCCAUCAACAGCAAGCGUUUGUGUGACUUCAAAAUUAAAUGUUUGUGAGCAAACAUUCUCCUUCAUCUUUCUACCUCUGUACACACCAUCCCUGUGAAAACUUAUAUCUUCAUAAUCUGCUGGGAAUGCUGUUUAAACUUAGAAGCAGAUUUAGUUUUGUUUCUCCAAGCAGUAAACAAACAUGUCCUGUUUAGUUUCUUAUUACUCGAUUUACACUGCAAGGCUUUGAUUUGUCCUGUUUUUGUGUUAGCAUUCUGUCUCGAAGCUACAGUUUAAAAGCAGACGUCCUCAUACAAGUUAUUUUUAGCCAUGGAAACACAAUAUUAUCAAAGUAAUAAAACAUGCUGCAUGACAUGCUAUGAACUGAUUAAAGACAUUUGCAUUUUCUUCUGUGCUGUGACCCAAUUUGUUGACAGAAAUGCUCAAAAGAAAUGUUUGAUUAUUUACAGUAAAUUGCCUGUCAGCAUUAAACAAACAGAUCCUAGUUUGGAACAUUUUUACAGACAUAUACACAUGCACCAUGAAGUCACAUCUGUACUACCACUAUUCUGAUCCUGUUUUUGAGGAAAAAUACAGUCAUCAAAUAGAAAUUACAUAGAGUCAUCUGUGAAUGUGUUGCUUGUGUGUAAAUUACCUUUCAAGGGUGUUUGUCGUAGGUUU